UUGACCCAGAAACAGAACCGCUUAAAACCCUAGUCAUAUAUAUCAUCCGGAUCCCAGUGAUAGCCACCAGGCUUUCAGUUUGCCGUAAAACCCCAGAGGAAGAGCAGAGAUGGUGUCGUUGAAGCUCCAGAAGCGGCUUGCCGCUAGCGUCCUCAAAUGCGGACGUGGCAAGGUAUGGCUCGACCCCAAUGAAGGCAACGAAAUCUCCAUGGCCAAUUCCAGGCAAAACAUCAGGAAGCUUGUGAAGGAUGGUUUUGUCAUAAGGAAGCCAACAAAGAUCCACUCCCGUUCUCGUGCUCGGAGAAUGGCUGAGGCCAAGAGGAAGGGACGUCACUCUGGAUAUGGUAAGCGUAAGGGUACCAGGGAGGCAAGGCUGCCCACUAAGAUACUCUGGAUGAGGAGGAUGAGGGUAUUGAGGCGCUUGCUCCGUAAGUACCGAGAAGCUAAGAAAAUUGACAAGCACAUGUACCACGACAUGUACAUGAAGGUGAAGGGUAAUUGUUUCAAGAACAAGCGUGUCUUGAUGGAGAGUAUUCACAAGUCAAAGGCUGAGAAGGCCAGAGAGAAGACUCUGGCAGACCAGUUUGAGUCCAAGCGUGCUAAAAAUAAGGCUAGCAGAGAGAGGAAGUUGGCUCGCAGGGAGGAACGUUUGGCCCAAGGCCCUGGAGAGAGAGCACCUGCAGCUGCCGCAGCACCUGCACCUGCUGCAGCACCCCAACCAUCUGCGGGAGGAGCGAAAAAAGCAAGGAAGUAGGGACAGACAUCUGCAGUGAGAGCACUAAGAAACAAUAACUGCUAUGUUAAUGCGCUUAAUUUCAACUCUAUAUAGAAGUUCUAUUUUUUAUCUACUACUCUAGUUUCUGAUCUUGCAAAUUUUCCAGUCCAUACUAUGGAACUAUAUGAGUUGCAGAGUUUUUUUAAUGUUGAAUGAUGUUUGUGACUUUGGCAAACUUCAAACUAUAUCCAUGUUUAGAUAUAUGAUCUUCGGUUCCU